UUUUUUUAAUAUUAAACUUAUCAGUAUAUCUUUGUUGAUUUCAGAUAGACUUCUAAAAGAUACAUUUAAAUACCUAAAAAAAUAUAGUUUUAUUUGUGAGAGAACCAGCAAGACUCGUUAUGUCAACGAACUGCACUUUAUUCGGGGGCGAUGAACACAAAUGCAGUGUUAUCAUAGGCUUGAAAAGAGGAUUCGGUACUUUAUCAUUGAUUGGAUGUCUCUUUAUGAUCGGUACGAUAUGGCUGUUCCGAAAAUAUCAGGUGAAAGCUCAACAAUUGAUACUUUGCUUGAGUAUUGCCGCUUUUUUUGAUACGAUUGGGUACAUGAUAGGUGAUAUGACGAAGGAUGGACCGCUCUGCGAUUUCGAAGCGUGGUGGAUGACAUAUUUUGAUUGGACUGUGCUAGCUUGGACCAGCUGUAUAACUUUCAAUUUGUAUCGAAUGUUGACGCGUCAAGAACAUACUCCGCAUUGGUACUUCCAUUUUGUUUCUUGGAUUUUUCCACCUCUAGUUCUCAGCCUGCUUCCUCUUAUUGGAGAUAAUUACGGACCAGCUGGUGCUUGGUGCUGGAUUAAACAUGAUUCAGUGGCUUGGAGGUUCGUGAUUUGGUAUGUGCCGUUAUUUCUGAUUCUAAUUUUCAUGAUUAUACUCUGGGGGAGAACUCUGUAUCUUCACAAGCGUUCUAUACCAAGUUGGCAGGGAGGGCAAGACACCAAUGCAGAAAUGAUGAGAAGUCUUAUCGAGGACGAUAUGAAGACACUGAUAUGGUAUCCUCUCGUUUAUCUGGUCUUAUCAUUCUUUCCACUCAUAUUAAGAAUACACAAUGCAGCUACAGAUCAAGGGCAAGAUAUCUAUUUCCUUUGGAUAAUGACAGCGAUUACUGCACCUUUACAAGGAGCUUGCAACGCAAUUGUUUUCGGUCUCGACCCAGAGACAAAAUCAAAGUUAACGUGGUUGCAUAUUCGAAUGGCAUGGGCAAGUAGGUUUUCUCAGAAAGAUGUAAUACAAGAAUACACAGUUGAAAAUGAUUCAACGGCUUUCGGAGAUUCAGAAACAAGAGCAAGUGGAGCUUCUUCAAAUAGUGAGAAUGUCCCUUAUGGGUCCAUAGAAGGAAAGCAACUUUGAUUCACCCAUUUGCUGCAAGAGUAUUCAUAGACAAUCAUGAUUUGAGUAUUUUCUUUUUUAUAUCUAUUGCACUAUGAAAAAAAAUUAAAAGUUGAAGUUAGGUCAAACUUUCACAAUUGUUGAUAGUUUGCUGGACUAAAAGAUAUGUGACUCUCUGACAAAUUUAUCAUCAAUUUGUCUUUAAUCUUUAUAAUCUUAUCUUUACCCUCUAGUGAUUACCCUAUAUCCUCGCAUAUUGGCCAAGUUUGAAACUCAAAUCAUACGCAAAUAACCCUGAUCACACUAAAAAUUCAGCUUACGCGUAACACUUAUCGCACUGAAACAAAAUGACAAUAUGCUUACCUAAUUCCAACAGCUACAAUUCGAACCAAGUUCUCACGAUGAGAGCGUGCAUGUUGCAGCAUGUACACACGCAAAGCAGCUCUUGGUACGUUAUGACAGUGAUAACAGUCUGUGAUUGGUUGUCAUGAUCGACUGCAUGUUUUCGCUAUGACAGCAACACCAGUCUGGGUUGGCUUAGAUUCAAAUUUCCAUAUAUUCACUGUUUUAGGGGUAGGCUUAUAUGCGGGGAUUCAUUUCCAUUUUUAUUCUUAAACUAUGGGCUCAUUGCGAUGCUGUUCUUAGUGUUCUCUAUCACUUCUCAGAUUUACUGUGAAUUUUAAAAUCAAACAAACAUUUAUUAGUGUUCAGAUUUUUUGGGGUGAUGUUAAAAUUGUUUUUUCUAUAUAUUAAAUUAUAUUUUGGUAAAAAUUUCCAUCAAUUCAAUUACACAUCGAUAUUAAUAUAGGGGUUCAGUGGUUCUCAAACUUUUUAAGGCCGCGUGCCCGUUGUAGAAUUUGUCUCGUGCCCCACCUCAAAAAUAACUAGCUAACGAUAAGCUACAAAUAACA